AUGAAAAAAAUUUUAUUUUUAAUUUUUAUUUUUUUAUUAUUUAUAACAUUAUUUAUUAAUAAAUCAGUUUCACAGAAUAAUGAAAUUGAAUUGGGCGGAACAUGCCAGCCUUUUAAUGAAACAUCAGUUUGCUAUCCAUAUUUAAAUUACACUUCAUUUUAUUUACCACCAAAUACAACAUUCCAAUCAACUAAUAAUAAUGCAUCGUAUAAUUUGGGACUAUUACAAUUAACAACAAAAGAAUGUAAAUCAAAUGCAACCUAUUUAUUUUGUUUACAGAGCUUCCCAAAAUGUAAUAUUGAGGAAGAAAAAUUACCAAAUAGCACAACCAUAACCUUUUAUUUACCAUCAUUACCAUGUCACGAUGUUUGUUACCCAGGUCAAUAUAACUUCAGUAUACCAAUUCAAUGCACAAACACAAACCUUUUAAUUAAACAUAAUAACAGUAAUGAAAUAGAGUGUCCUUCCCCUCUACUUAAUGCAAAAGAUUAUGUAAAAGAAGGCAAAGAUUUGUAUUAUUAUGUAACUGACUCGUGUAUUAUAGAUUGUCCAUUCGAUAUUUACCCAAAAGAUAAAAUGAAAAUUUUAGAUAGGGCCAAUUGGGCUUUAACUGUUUUAUCAUUUGUAGCGUGUACCUAUAUGAUAAUCACAUUCGGUGUACUUCCAAAUAAAAUAACUCACAAUAUGGAAAGUAUUUUAUCAUUGACAAUAGGUGCAUGGAUUACUUGUCUUAGUCUUUUUGUAGAAAGUGCUGAUAAUAAUUUUAGUUGCAGCCUUCACGACAGAGGUAGAUUUAAAUCACAAUCAGAUCAUUUAUGUUUAUUGGUUGGUAUUUUGUUUCAAUUUGGUGCCAUUACCUCUAUUUUCUGGUGUCCAGUAAUCACAUAUGAAGUUUAUAUUAAUUCUAAAAUGAAACCAUUAAAGCACUUUGGUAGAUAUAGAAUUUUCAUAUGGUCAUUGAUAGUUAUUCUAACGGCAUUACCAGCAUUUGGAGGUAAAUAUGGUGCAACUGUAGCAACUUCAGGAUGUUGGAUUUCCAGUGAUGAUGGUGGUGUAUGGCAAUAUCUCUGUUUUUAUAUACCCAGUUGGAUUUCCUUGUCUUUAAUGACAAUAUUUGCAAUCUUAUCUGUCAUAAAAAUUACUAAAAUGUAUUUGAAAUCUCCAAAUAGACUCAUUUUAUUUUUCAACGCUAAAAUGAUUCUAACUAUUGUUUUUUUAUUGUUUAAUAUAACAUUUGCUUCAUCAUUAAAGUUUUAUUUGGAGGAAAGAAUUGACGAGUUUUUUGAUUCGGUUUAUUUAUGGGCACAUUGUAUCAGUACAACCGUAGGUGAUAAAUCAUCAUUUGUAGUUUCAAUUUUAGGUUUAACUGUAUUCCUUGGUUUUGGUAUUGACCCAUUAGUAAUCUCAAUUUGGACUGAAAGUACAAAAUUGAGGUGGAUUAUAAAUAAAAUAGGUUUAAAUAAAUAUAUUAAUUUAUCAACCUCCUCCUCUUCCUCUUCUAGUACAAACAGUAAUAAUAGUAAUAAUACAAAUGAAAAAAAAAGAAAUAGUUUUAAAAAUAUAAAAUUAAAAAAAACUCCAAAUGAAAAUAAUGAUGAGGGUGAUAGUAAUAAUAUCUCAGGAGAUAUAGAGAAAAUUUAA